AUGUCUACCAACGGCCACUACAACGGCUUCAGCCCGUUACCGACGACCAUCUGGGCUGCCCCCAUCUCCGCCACGCUUCCGUCGGCCUCGGCCUCAUCAACCUCCUCCCGCCAGCCUUCCCAAAUCUCAAAGACAUACCGCCAAGCAUCUACCCUCUUCCUCACGCGUCGUCUCCCCGAGGCCCUGACUACGCUGCUGCCGCUCAUCGCCUUUUCCGACCCUGUCGAAGAUGGCGAGCCUCCGCCCGUCGCGCGUGCCUCCAAGACGACUCGCGUCAAAGUUUGGAGCCUCUACUUGACCAUCCUCAAUGCUAUUGCCGAGCUGGAGCCUGAAGAGGGCAAGGAUGCCUUUGGUAAUCAGGAGUGGAGGGCCUUGUGCACCAAGGUCCGGGAAGGAGAGGUCUGGGAUGAGGUGACCAGAAACGGCUACCACGGCGUCGAAGGCGAUGUUGAUUCGGAUGUGGUCAUCAACCUCGCGACUUUGUUACUGGCACAUGCCCGCGAUCAGUUAUUCAACCAGAAGAAGCUCGAGGCCUAUCUCGCUGCCUGCAGCACGCCCAACCUCGACAUCACCGGCCGACUUGGCGAAUCGCCUACCCCCGAAUCGCGCAUGGCGAAUCGCUACCGAUCGCCAGUCAAGGGCGCGAGCGGUGCCAACACCCCUAGGGAUCUUAACUCUAGAGUUAAGAUCUUGGAACUAUACACGCUACAUGUUCUCCUGCGUAACAACGAGUGGGAUUACGCUCGUGAGUUCAUUAGUGUGAGCCCCGUGCUUGAUGACGAGCGUCGUGAAGCCUUUCUGCAAGCCCUGCAGAGUCUCCGAGAUGAGCAGGAGGAGCAGGAGAGACAGGCUAAUGAGGAACGUGAGCGGCAGGAGGAGGAGCUGCGGCAGGAGAUUGAAGAGGCUAAAAGGCUGCGUGCCGAGAAUGAGGAGAGGGAGCGGAAGAGAAUAGAAGAGGAACGCUCACUCCGUGAAGGGAGCGAGGUCGACUAUGGUGUCGAUGAAACGCCUAGUCACCCGGCGGUGAACCGAAACCGACCUGCGCGAUCACCAUCGGCCGCUUCAUCCCGACAAACCAAGAGACCUAACGGCAAGGCCGUGGCCGCUCCGACACUAAGCUCGCGCGCAUCAAUGGUCAUUAUGCGAUUGCGCAAUGUAAUCGAGCAGCUCGGCAUGUCGCUCAAUUCCAACCCCAUGAUGCUGGCUAGAUUCAUGGCGUUCAUCGUGGGCAUUAUUCUCAUGCUUGGUCACCGAGGUAUCCGCGAACGUGUCCAGCGAAUACUGGGCUCAUCGUGGAACAAGAUCAAAACAACCGCCGGCAUGGGAGUCAAGAUUGAUAAUCUUGGGACAGCCAUCGCGAUCCUUCUCCAGCCGGGUGCACUCAAAGCAGUAGAAGGCGUCCGAGAUGCCCUCGCCUCCGCAUACGACGCACUUGUUCUGGUAAUUUCCGAAACUGCACUCGUCGCAGAUUCGGACGAGGGUGGUGGGCCGGACGUAGGAAUCGCAGACGGGGCAUUUGCCGUCACACUUGUCGCAGAGGCGGCCGAUGGCGAUGCCAGCCGUCUUGCGGCACAUGACGAGAUCGCUGGAGGAAAUGUUAGCAACCAGCAAUUCGUUGUGAAUGGAAAUCGGACUUACGGAGAGCGUCCAAUGGACGGAGCCAUUUUAAACGCGGAUGUGGAUGCGCCCCCCCGCGACAUGAUCGAACCAGAGAACCUCAAGAGAAAGGUAUCGCGAAAUGACGACCGAGACGGCUCCCCGAAGCGAGCUAGGCACUAUGACGACGACCGCGACCAUUACGACCGACGAUCAAGACGGGACUCAUCCCCAGCUCGUCGCGACUCGUACGGGAGCGCUACGAAUAUUGAUCACGAUCGCCGCAAGUCCGCGACCCAGGAGGAGAAGAAGCGCGGGAAGCGCCUGUUCGGUGGCCUGCUCAGCACUCUGAGCCAGACGACCGGCAGCUCGCAGCAGAAACGACGCCUCGAGAUUGAGCGGCGACAACAAGAACGGCAGCAGAAACAACGGGUCGUGGAUGACAAAGAGAGGGCCGAGAAGCUCUCGCGAUUAACGGGGAUUCGCAGGUCGGAGCAGGUAGCGUUCGAGGAAGAAGUGAUGCGGAAUAAGCACUCUAAGAUGCUCGCGAUGGCGAAGUUCCUGCGCACAAAGGCACACCCACAGAUUUGUUAUCUCCCGUGGAAGCUUACGGCGGACCAAGAAGACGAGAUCGACGACCAACUACAGAACGCGAAAGCAACUAUCGAGAAGGAACUAGGUGCUUUCAAUGAGCGGAAGAAGCGGCACGACAAAGACUACGGACAGCGUUCCCGACCCGCUCGGUCCCCAACCCCUGGAGAGCCUCCUGUGCCGGCGCCUUCUGGCGAGGAUUCUGCCGAGAAGCCUACGCGCAGCACCAACGGCUCAGAUCAGGCGGCUAAGGCGCCGGAUAAGGAACAGAACCAAGACAAUCAUCAUCAUCAUCAUCAUCACCACAAUCAUCAUCACGACGAGUCGGCGGAUGUGCUCGAGGAAGCUGACGAGGACAUGAUAAUCAUGUCUUCCGCCAAACUGGUGCCAAACGACCCUAGGGUCAGCAUCGAGACGGCCCAGAUUCGAGGCAAGAAUUACAAGUACAUCGUGGGGAAGCCGGAGGGCGAACCCAUCGAAACUAUGAUCCUAGUCCACGGUUUCCCAGACUUGGGAUUCGGAUGGCGCUACCAGGUGCCUUACUUUAUGUCAUUGGGCUUCCAAGUCGUCGUUCCGGACAUGAUUGGGUAUGGCGGCACCGAUGCCCCUGAGGCCCUGGAGGAGUACACGUACAAGAGCGUGGCGGCAGACAUCAAGGAGCUCGCCAAGAAAUUCGUUGGCGAGGGGCAGAUCAUCCUCGGUGGCCAUGACUGGGGCGGUGCGGUCUCCUGGAGAAUUGCCAUGUGGCACCCCGAGCUGAUCAAGGCCAUCUUCGUCGUGUGCACGCCCUACACAUCGCCGUCGCCCACUUACGUCCCGCUCGACGCUAUCAUCGCUGCCGGUCACCUACCCAACUUUACGUACCAGCUGCAGUUCCAGGGCCCCGAUGUGCAGACCGAGAUCCAGGGCAAGGAGAAGGUCCGGCAGUUCCUGAACGCCAUGUACGGCGGCCGAGGCCCCAACGGCGAGGUCGGCUUCAAGGCGCAGGAAGGCGUGCAGUUCGACAACCUGCCGCUCCUGGGACCCGCGCGGUUGGCUUCGGAGGAGGAAAUCGAGUACUACACGGAAGAAUACUUGCGCAACGGUGCCCCAGAGCUGCGUGGGCCACUGAACUGGUACCGCCUGCGGAAGCUGAACUUCGACGACGAGCUGGAGCUUGCGGGUAAGGGCCACAAGUUUGCGAUGCCAGCACUUUUCAUCACCGCGACGGAAGACGUGGCGUUGCCGCCAUCGAUGUCGAAGGGUAUGGAUAAGUACUUUGACGACUUGACGAGAGGGGAGGUGAAAGCAUCGCACUGGGCGUUGACUCAGGCAUCAGAGGCGGUCAAUGGACAAGUGGCCAAGUGGGCGAAUACUGUCUUGAAGGGGGCUUUGAAGGCAUCUCUUUAAGGCGGAGGGAUGUUUGUAUGACCGAGGAUGAAUCAUGAAGCUGGAAACGAACAGAUUUAUUGGAUAUUAUGACAUUGUGUGCACUGGUGGAUGGGCAAGGGUCUCAUACAAUGUGCUACCAAGUAUACUUUACGCUAACAGUAACUAAAACCUCACUUUUAGGAUAAUAAGAACCAACUCAAGUGCAU